AUGCAGGUAAUCCAAACAACGGCAGAGGGGCUGGGCUUACCACUGGAACCCAAAAAAACAGUGGGUCCAAAGCAGCAGAUAACCUUCCUGGGCAUAGAGAUCGACUCAAUAACAAUGGAAGUCAGGCUACCGCAAGAGAAACUGACCGAACUGCUAGAGCUUCUGGAGGCGUGGCUGGAUCGGAAGCACUGUACUAAAGACAAUCUAGAAUCACUAACGGGAAAAUUGCAGUUUGCCAGCCGGGUGGUACGCCCUGGCAGGUGUUUUCUGCAGCACUUCUAUGCAGCCAUAGCAGUGGCAAGAAAAAAAGCAGAGGUAAUGAGAGUCAAUAAAACAGUCCGGGCAGACAUUCGAUGGUGGCACACUUUUGCACAGGAAUGGAAUGGGACAUCCCUACUGUGGAGUUGUGGGAAGUUAAAAGUUGAUGAGGAGGUGUGGUCAGAUGCUUCAGGGGGGUGGGGCUAUGGGGCCUGGUGGCGGAAGCACUGGUUAAGUGUACCAUGGACAACCAUUCUGCAGGAAGCCCAAAAGGACUAUAUCGAAGAAGACUCAAUAGCUGUGAGAGAGCUGAUACCGGUGGUGGUAGCUGCAGCUAUAUGGGGGAGAGAGUGGAGAGGAAAGCUAAUACAAUUUAAUUCCGAUAACAUGGCGGUGGUAGAGGUAGUCAAUAAGAGAUAUAGCAGCAAAGUCAUGCUGAUGCAUUUGUUACGUUGUUUGGUCUUCUUUGCUGCAAAAGAAUCAUUUUGGUUCUCGGCACAGCAUGUACCAGGAAUAAAUAAUGGGCGGGCCGAUGCACUAUCCAGGGGAGAAAUUCACCGUUUUCAUUUCUAUUCCCCACAGGGCACAGAUCGAGAGCCAACUCAUGUCCAAAAGGAACUAGCAGAGAUACUCAUGGAUCCAGAAGGGGACUGGAUAUCAGAGCUCUGGACGCGGCAGUUCAGAAGUAUUUCAAUGAGGGUUUAUCAGCAGCAACAAGGCGAGUGUAUGAGUCGGGGCAGAGACGUUAUUUAG